AGUUGGAGAUUUUUCGGGUCAUAAUAUGAAAAUGUUGCUGAUUUUGUUCCUCGUAAUAAUUUGUUCCCAUGUUUCUGUGAACCAAGAUUCUGGCCCUGAGUAUGCAGAUGUCGUGUUUCUGGUGGACAGCUCUGAUCACCUGGGAAUUAAGUCCUUUCCUCUGGUAAAAAUGUUCAUCAACAAAAUGAUCACCAGUCUCCCCAUAGAGGCCAGCAAGUACCGCGUGGCCCUGGCCCAGUACAGUGACAAGCUCCACGAUGAAUUCCACCUGAACACGUUCAAGAGCAGGAACCCCAUAUUGAACCACCUCAAGAAGAAUUUCAGGUUCAUUGGCGGGUCCCUGCGGAUAGGAAACGCUCUGCAGGAGGCUCACAGGACCUAUUUCUCUGCACCUGCAGAUGGAAGAGACAAGAAAGAGUUUCCCCCAAUUUUGGUGGUCCUGGCUUCGGCUGAGUCUGAGGAUGAGGUGGAAGAGGCUGCAAAGGCCCUGCAGAAAGAUGGGGUAAAAGUCAUCUCUGUGGGGAUGGAGAAAGCUUCCGAGGAAAACCUGAAGGCCAUGGCCACGGCUCAGUUUCAUUUCAACCUUCGGACGGUCAGAGACCUCAGCAAGUUUUCCCAAAACAUGACGCAGAUCAUCAAGGAGGCAGCAAAGCACGAGGCAGGAGCAGCCGAUGAUACCCACGUAGAAGUUUGCCAAGGCCCUUCUGUGGCUGACGUUGUGUUCCUGUUGGAUGUGUCAAUCAACGGCAGCCAGGAGAACUUUGACUAUCUUAAAGAGUUCCUGGAAGAAAGCAUAUCUGCCCUCGACAUAAAGGAAAAUUGCAUGAGGGUUGGCCUCGUGGCCUAUAGCGAAGAGACAAAGGUGAUAAAUUCGCUAAGCAUGGGCAUAAAUAAGUCAGAGGUUCUCCAGCACAUACAGAACCUCUCUCCCCAGGCUGGGAAGGCCUACACUGGAGCUGCCAUCAAAAAGAUCAGGAAGGAAGUCUUCAGGGCACAGAAUGGCAGUCGGAAGAAUCAGGGGGUGCCCCAGAUAGCAGUGCUGGUGACCCACAGAGCUUCAGAAGACAACGUGACAAAGGCAGCUGUUGACCUCCGGCGCCAGGGCGUGACUAUCUUCACCCUGGGCAUAGAGGGGGCCAGUGACGCCCAGCUGGAAAAGAUAGCAUCUCACCCUGCCGAGCAGUUUAUCUCCAAACUGAAGACCUUCUCUGACCUGGCAGCUCACAACCAGACGUUUCUGAAGAAGCUGCGGAAGCAAAUAACACACAGAGUCUCUGUCUUGUCCGAGAGAACCGAAACCCUCAAAUCCGGUUGUGUAGACACUGAGGAAGCAGACAUCUAUCUGCUCAUUGAUGGCUCAGGGAGCACGCAGGCCACAGACUUCCAGGAAAUGAAGACCUUCCUGUCAGACGUGGUGGGCAUGUUCAACAUCGCCCCCGACAAGGUGCGGGUGGGGGCCGUUCAGUAUGCCGAUAGCUGGGAUUUGGAAUUUGAGAUCAAUAAAUACUCUAACAAGAAUGAUUUGGGAAAGGCCAUUGAGAACAUCAGGCAGAUGGGUGGGAACACAAACACAGGUGCAGCCCUGAAUUUCACACUCAAACUGCUGCAAAAAGCAAAGCAGCAGCGAGGAAACAAAGUGCCAUGUCACCUUGUCGUGCUGACGAAAGGCAUGUCCAAGGACGACAUCUUGGAACCUGUGAACAGACUGAGAGAAGAGCACAUCCGUGUUCAUGCUAUUGGAGUGAAGGAAGCCAACCAAACGCAGCUGCGAGCGCUGGCAGGCGAGGAGAAGAGAGUGUACUAUGUGCAUGACUUUGACACUUUGAAAGACAUCAGAAACCAAGUCGUGCAAGAAAUCUGUGCCGAGGAAGCCUGCAAAGAGAUGAAAGCCGACAUCAUGUUUCUGGUGGAUAGUUCUGGCAGUAUAGGACUUGAAAACUUCGGCAAAAUGAAAACAUUUAUGAAAAACCUGGUGACUAAAUCUCAGAUUGGGGCAGAUCGGGUGCAAAUUGGCGUCGUCCAGUUCAGUGACAUCAACAAAGAGGAGUUUCAACUCAACAGAUUCAUGUCCCAAAGUGAAAUCUCAAAUGCAAUAGACCGAAUGCCUCACAUUGGAGAAACCACCAUGACCGGUAGUGCCCUAACAUUUGUGUCUCAGUACUUCAGUCCGGCCAAGGGAGCCCGGCCCAAUGUCAGGAAGUUUCUCAUCCUCAUCACGGAUGGCGAAGCUCAUGACAUAGUAAAGGACCCAGCAGUAGCACUUCGGCAAGAAGGCAUAAUUAUCUACUCUGUGGGAGUGUUUGGCUCCAAUGUCACCCAGCUUGAGGAGAUCAGCGGGAGGCCGGACAUGGUAUUUUAUGUUGAGAAUUUUGACAUCCUGCAGCACAUUGAAGAUGACCUUGUUUUUGGAAUAUGCAGCCCCCGUGAAGAAUGCAAGCGGAUUGAAGUUUUGGAUGUUGUGUUUGUAAUCGAUAGCUCUGGCAGCAUCGACUAUCAUGAAUAUAAUAUCAUGAAGGACUUUAUGAUUGGCUUAGUGAAAAAAGCCAAUGUUGGCAAGAAUCAGGUCCGGUUUGGGGCUAUGAAGUAUGCUGAUGACCCAGAGGUGCUGUUUUAUUUGGAUGACUUUGGCACAAAAUCAGAGGUGAUUUCAGUGCUCCAGAAUGACCAGCCCAUAGGGGGCAACACCUAUACUGCGGAGGCACUAGGCGUCUCUGACCACAUGUUCACUGAAGCCCGAGGCAGCCGCCUGCACAGGGGGGUCCCACAAGUCCUCAUUGUCAUCACCGAUGGGGAAUCCCAUGAUGCUGAUAAGCUCAAUGCCACAGCGAGGGCUUUGCGGGACAAAGGCAUCCUUGUGUUGGCUGUGGGGAUUGCUGGCGCCAAUCCCGUGGAGCUGUUAGCCAUGGCAGGAUCAAGUGACAAGUACUUCUUUGUGGAGACUUUUGGAGGCCUAAAGGGGAUAUUUUCAGAUGUGUCGGAUAGUGUCUGUAACUCUUCAAAAGUAGAUUGUGAAAUUGAAAAAGUAGAUCUUGUUUUCCUCAUGGAUGGUUCAAAUAGCAUUCAUCCGAGUGACUUCAAGAAGAUGAAGGACUUUUUGGCUUCUGUCGUUCAGGACUUUGAUGUCAGCCUCAACAGAGUGCACAUAGGAGCGGCCCAGUUUAGCCACACCUAUCGGCCGGAGUUUGCACUGGGAACUUCAAUUGGUGAAAAGGAGGUGUCAUCUCAGAUUGAAAGCAUCCAGCAGAUCUUUGGAAACACACACAUUGGGGCUGCGCUCCGGCAGGUGGGGCACUACUUCCGGCCAGACAUGGGCAGCAGGAUCAAUGCAGGCACCCCACAGGUGUUGCUGGUCCUCACAGAUGGCAAGUCCCAAGACGAGGUGGCUCAGGCCGCUGAAGACCUGAGACACAAAGGUAUCGAAAUCUACUCCGUGGGCAUCGGGGAUGUGGACGACCAGCAGCUCAUCCAGAUCACCGGGAAUGCAGAUAAAAAACUGAUGGUGCAUAACUUUGACGAACUGAAAAAGAUCAAAAAAAGGAUUGUUCGUAACAUCUGUACCUCGAGGGGCGAGAGCAACUGUUUCAUGGAUGUUGUGGUGGGAUUUGAUGUCUCAACUCAGCAGAAAGAGCAGACUUUGCUCGAAGGUCAGCCUUGGAUAGAAACCUACCUUCAAGACAUCUUACGUGCCAUCAGCUCCCUCAAUGGGGUAAGCUGUGAGGUGGGCACGGAGACUCAGGUUAGUGUGGCUUUCCAAGUGACAAAUGCCAUGGAAAAAUAUUCUCCCAAGUUUGAGAUCUACAGUGAAAACAUACUGAACAGGUUGAAGAAUGUAACAGUUAAAGGACCAUCUCUUCUCAACGCAAAUCUCUUGAGUUCUCUAUGGGGUGCAUUUCAGAACAAAUCGGCUGCUCGAGGAAAGGUGGUCCUUUUAUUUUCAGAUGGAUUGGAUGAUGAUAUUGAAAAACUUGAACAAAAGUCUGAUGAACUUAGAAAAGAAGGUACUGAGCACGGGGGAAGACAGAAAGAGCAGACUUUGCUCGAAGGUCAGCCUUGGAUAGAAACCUACCUUCAAGACAUCUUACGUGCCAUCAGCUCCCUCAAUGGGGUAAGCUGUGAGGUGGGCACGGAGACUCAGGUUAGUGUGGCUUUCCAAGUGACAAAUGCCAUGGAAAAAUAUUCUCCCAAGUUUGAGAUCUACAGUGAAAACAUACUGAACAGGUUGAAGAAUGUAACAGUUAAAGGACCAUCUCUUCUCAACGCAAAUCUCUUGAGUUCUCUAUGGGGUGCAUUUCAGAACAAAUCGGCUGCUCGAGGAAAGGUGGUCCUUUUAUUUUCAGAUGGAUUGGAUGAUGAUAUUGAAAAACUUGAACAAAAGUCUGAUGAACUUAGAAAAGAAG